GGGAGAAGGAAGGCGGAGGGCGGGGAAGGCACGGAUCCGCACCGCCCUCCGCGGGGCCCCGCGCAGCGCUCUCCAGCAGCCGCCUCCGCUUCCCAGCGCGCCCCGAGCAGAGGCUCAAACUGAAAGUAAAUUUUUUUAAAAAAGAAACAACCUCGCAAACCGAAGCAAACUCCAGCAAAGAUCCGCAACAAAACAGCCUCCAACCCAACAGCACAGCGACCGGGGUACCAGGCGGUAGCUCCUGUGAAGCAGAAUAAAGAUGGCAUGGGACAUCAGUGCAGCAAAGGCUGAAGGCUUCAGACACACUGGUCCUGCUAACACCUCACUCUGACUGCCCUUGGCAUCCUGUGGGCCCGACAGUGCAACAUGGUCAGGAUGAGGAGGAAGAGGCUGUGGGCAUCUUGCAUCUGUUUUGCAGCUUUCUUUUUCCUUGUGGUGAUGCUCCAGAGCCAUCCAAAAAGUGGAAGUGCUGUGAGCCAAAGCUGUCUGGUGGGUCUGAGUUCCAUCAUUCUUGCAGCUGUUCCUGGGGUGGCAUUAAGCACUGCCCGUGAAGAUGCACAUGCAAAAAGCCAUCCAUAUGGUAGCAGGAAGGUCACUGCCUUGCAGAGACUAACAGCAGCUUCUGUGUACCCUGUGGGAUCACCUCAGGACACUUGUUCCGUGGGUACUACCUGCAGAAAAGAGUGGUGUUUUCACAAAUACCAGAACUGCUGAAGCCUGAUACUUCUCUCCCAUGGCUGAUGGCAGACACUGUUGGAGGCUUCUCCUGUGAGUGGACUGUUUUUAAAGCUCCUCAUAGGUUUUUUGAUCUAUAAAUGAUGGUUUACCGGAAAGUCUUUUACAUCUCUGCAUACAGAUUUUUUUUCUUCUUCCUGGCCAUGAAACUGUAGUUAAGUUUUCUUUAAGACUCAUCUGCAUCUGAUAUAUUCAGUCACUGGUUUAAAAAUAAAGAAGCAUGGGCACAUGAAGACCUAAUUUUACAGAUGAUUUCUAGAAGAAACUUAGCUACUGUAUGGCUUAUUUUGAGAAAAAAAGCAGAAUUCAUGUUGUUCAAUCAUGUGUGACAUGGCCAUAUCUCAGUACAGAAAUUUAUUUACUUCCCCUUCCUUACCUAUUCAAAUUGAAGCUCUCUCUGUUCUGAAGUAAAUCACCUGGACAGUGCUUCAGUGAAGUGCAUUCACUUCUUCAGCUGAUAGAAAUUUUACAGAGGCUUACUCACUACUUGAUACUUAAACUCGAUGUGUCAGGUGAAUGUUCUGGCUAACAGCAGUGAUGCACUGUGAUAUGUUUGUUUUUUUCCCCUGAAGGUUAUCACUGAACUGGGCAAUUCAGAGAGUAAGGCAGCAGCAGUCUUACACAGUGGCCCCCUGAAGCCUGAUGAGAGACAUGCUUCCCAGCUUAAGAAGAAGGAACUUUACAGCAACUUCAGGAUGGAGCCUGAUACAGAUCACUACCCCAUCCUGCUCUGGUGGUCUCCUCUGACUGGAGAGACAGGGAGACUGGGGCAGUGUGGUGAGGAUGUUUGUUUCUUUACUGUUAACAAGACUUACCAGCACAGUCAGCUGACGAGAGCUUUUUUGUUCUAUGGCUCGUUCAUUUCCUUUAUUUCACAAGGUACUGAUUUCAGUAUAGACAGCCUACCCCUUCCUCGAAAAGGCCAUCAUGAUUGGGCCCUUUUCCACGAGGAGUCACCAAAAAACAACUACAAACUUUUCCAUGAACCAGCUGUCACCUUAUUUAACCACACUGCAACUUUCAGCCGUCAUUCUCACCUACCGCUGACCACUCAGUACCUUGAGAGCAUAGAGGUCCUCACGUCCCUGAGACAUAUGAUCCCAGUGCAUAUGAAGAACAGCCUGAGGAAGCGGCUUGCACCACUUGUGUAUGUGCAGACUGACUGCAAUGCUCCUUCUGACCGGGACAGCUAUGUACGUGAGUUGAUGUGCCACAUUGAAGUAGACUCUUAUGGAGAAUGUCUGCAUAACAGAGACCUCCCUCAGUAUCUCAGAAAUCCGUCUGCCAUGGAUGAUGGGAACUUCUAUAAAAUACUGGCUCAGUACAAGUUCAUUCUUGCUUUUGAAAAUGCUAUCUGUGAAGAUUAUAUCACUGAAAAACUCUGGCGGCCUCUGAUGUUGGGAGUGGUACCUGUGUACUUUGGUUCUCCCAGCAUUAUAGACUGGCUUCCCAGCAACAAGAGUGCAAUAUUGGUAUCUAGUUUUUCACACCCUCGAGAGCUGGCCCACUAUAUCAGAACACUGGAUCAAAAUGACCAGGAGUAUGAGGCCUACCUGGAAUGGAAACUGAAAGGAGAAAUUUCCAAUCCAAGGCUGCUUACAGCAAUGAAGGAACGCAAAUGGGGAGUGCAAGAUAUCACUCAGGACAAUUACAUUGACACAUUUGAGUGCAUGGUGUGUAACAGAGUGUGGGAAAACAUCAGAAGAGAAGAAAAGGGAUGGCUGCCCCAGAGAUGGAGUGCUCACGUUAAACAUCUGAACUGCCCCAAACCUGAGGCUUUCAGGUUCUCCUCUUCAAAUCCCAGCCAGACCUCCCUCCAAGAGAUGUGGAUAGCAAGUUUUGAGCAGUCCAAGAAGGAAGCCUGGGCACUGAGAAAGCUGGUGGAAAGGAACAGGAAUUUUACAGCUAAAGAAUUUUGGAUGCUUGUAUUCAAAGAAUAAAUGCAACAACUGUGAAACAAAGUGAA